AUGAGAAGCGCGUGCCAAAAGCUCCAAGAGAGGCUUGAUUUGGUAUCAACGCAUAACGGAUAUUGUGAACAAGACGAUAUAGAGACGUUGAGGGACAGGUACUGGUUGAAACAAUUCCAGGAGAUAAAGGACUGCGAAAUGAUUUGGCGAUGUGAAAAUGAUGACGCUCCCCACAUGUCGCAUCCAUACUCCUUGCUUGAGCCAACCCCUUUUGCGGCGACGCAUCAAACAUUUCUCCUUGCUUUUCUGUUUUUCCUGACUUUCUUCAUUCUUUACCAAUCUGGCCCAUAA